AUGCAGCGGUCCCAGGCUCGAGCGGCCAAGGACCACCCGGACGCGGCCGCGGAAGAGGCGUUGGACGAUCUUCCGCUCUGUAAGCGUCCGUUCAAAGGUACAAGGGGUAGAGAAAUAAGACUGCAGUCGAACCUCUUCCAAGUCGUACUCACGGACAUCGUCUGGUACAUGUACGAUGUCGAAAUUUCAACAGCCAACGAACAGAUGGUGGAGUUGUCUACCGCCGGCGCGAAAUUGAAAGACAGAAUCCAAUCGAGGCGCCUGAAUAGAGAGAUCAUCUGGAAUCUGUUCAAGAAGCACCAGGACAAACUCGGAGAUGCUUGGCCGGCUUAUGACGGAAGGAAGACUUUGAUUAGUACGAAGAAUUUCUUUGACGAGCACAUUUUCACGGUGAGUGGAAGGAACGAACACGGCCGCAGCAGGCAAUUCAUUGUGAGACUCAGGCGAACGAAGCGGAUUGACGUUGCAUCCGUAAAUACGUUCUACUCAGACCGGAGCUGCCCGUUGAGUCCCGAAGUUCUCCAGGCCGCCAACAUCGUCAUCGAUUCAGCCCUCGGGGGCUUGUUCACGGCAGUAAACAGGUCGUACUACGCCGAGAAAUCUGCGAUACACCCUCUGGGCAGCGGGAAAAUUUUGAGAUCCGGUAUCUACACGUCGCUGAUCUUCGCUCAAUGGAAACCCCUGCUCGUCGUGGACAAGUCGAACACUGCGUUCUAUCAGGGCGGGAGCCUCGUCGAUUACAUCGCUGAUUUCCUCGGAGAUCGAAGGUUCUUGACAUCUGGCUUACCGAUGCACAAAUUGAAUCUGAUAUCGAAAGAUCUCAGAGGUCUAAUGGUGAGAUUGAGUCACACGAGUAACGGGCGAUGUGUGAAGAUUCAUAGUCUGACAGACAGAGCCGCGAAUUCUAUCGAUUUUCAAUUGUCCGACAAUGAAACGACGACUGUUGCGAAAUAUUUCGAAGAAAGAUACGGGCAGAAACUCGGGAAACUCAAGUAUCCUCAUUUACCCUGCGUCAAAGUUGUGAAAUCGAACGGCACGAAGCAGGACUUCUAUCCAUUGGAAGUCUGUGAAAUCAAAGAAAAUCAGCCAUACAGAAGAAAACUCGAUUCCAAUCAAACGAGGGAGAUGAUCAAGAAAUGCCAGGAGAGACCUGAUGAACGGAUAAAGCAAGCUGUGGAUAACGUACGAACCGUCCAGCAAGCAUCAAUGCAGACUUUGAAGCAACACGGCAUCAGUAUUGACAACAAGCCGAUCGAGACCAGCGGUCGCAUCAUCGACAGUCCCGUCAUACUGGUGAAGGACAAGAAGAUCAGAGUUUCGGAGGGAAGCUGGAGACAGGAUGCCUUCCACGUGGGAGCUCAUUUGGACCAGUGGUGCGUUGUGGAUGCCUCUUCGGUCGGUCACCUAUCGAGGAAGCUAGCCGAUAUGAUGUAUUCGGAAGCCCGGAAAAUGGGGGUCCAAAGUGUCAAGGAAGCCCUCGCAAUUAUGCAGUGCCCCACAGAUAGUGCGGAGAUGAUCCUCAGCAAAGUCAAAUCAGCCAUCUUGAAUAGAGGAAGACCAAUGAUGGCGAUUAUAAUCCUCCCCGAGGGAGCUCUGGACCGCCAAUUGUACUCUCAGCUCAAGCGACUGUCUGAAACUACGGAAAAAUGCCGAGGAAUCAUCACGCAGUGCGUUCUAGACUCGAACGUUAGGAAUCCGAAAAAACUCACUCCGAUGCUGAUCAACAACCUCCUGAAGAAAAUGAAUGCCAAGCUCGGAGGUAUAAACAACGCGAUCGCCACGGUCCCCGGACGUUUCUCCAAGAGCGACUUCAUGAUUCUCGGGGCCGACGUGAGUCAUCCGGGUGUCGGCGAUAUCAUGAGUCCUUCCAUCGCCGCAGUCGUCGGUAGUCUUGAUGCAAUUCCGUCGAAAUACGCUACUGAAAUACGAGUGCAGAAAAGCGAAACCAAUAACAGGAUAGAGUACAUAAUGGACUUGGAGGAGAUGGCCAGAAUACUCUUGGAGCAUUAUAUGAAGGCGAACCAGAAUAAGUUUCCAAAACACAUCUAUUAUCUGAGAGACGGUGUCUCAUCUGGACAGUUCGACGAGGUACGCAGAAGAGAGAUUACAGCUCUCCGGAACGCUUGCAAGAAUCUUCAUCCCGAAUAUCAGCCGAAGAUAACAGUGAUCAUAGCUCAAAAACGGCACCAUGUGCGUUUCAAUCUGAUUGGAAGUGAUAAGAGGCUCGGGGGAAGGAGUGGUAACGUCCCACCCGGAACAUACAUCGACAGGGAUGUAGUUCAUCCGGAGAACUUCGAUCUCUACAUGUACUCCCAUCAGGGGAUUCUGGGCACUUCUCGUCCCACGCACUAUCAUCUGAUUCAUAGUGAUGAAGAGGAACCGAUCUCCACCGAUGAACUUACAGAACUCAUCUAUCACCUGUGUCACUGCUAUGCGAGGACAACGAAAUCGGUGUCCAUCCCUGCCCCGGUGUAUUAUGCGCAUCUCGCUGCGUUCAGAGCGAAGGAACAUGUCAAAGGCGAGCUCCAGUUCACCAGCUUCGAGCGUCAAUCUGUCUCAUCGGGCGAUAGCGAAAUGUGCUUCGAUUUAGCGAUGUACCAAGAAAUGUGCAAAGUCGAUGAACGCUUCCGUAAGUGGCUCUAUUUCGUCUGAUAUUAUCGAGUCUGAAUCGAGAACAUUCAAAGGCUGAAUGUCCAUCCUGGUCAUUUUAACCGAU